AUGACAGUCGACGAGGAUGCGCAGCCUGUCGUUAUCGACAAUGGAACUGGGAUGGUUAAGGCUGGAAUUGCCAGAGGUAUUUGUCCAACAGCAAACUUCCCGAGUGUCGUCGGUCGUCCAAGAUACCCCGGUGUCAUGGUCGGUACGGGGUAAGAUGCCUAUGUAGGGGACGAGGCCAUGUCUAAAAGGGGCGUUCUCACCUUGAAGUACCCUAUCAAACACGGAGUAGUCGUGGACUGGAACGAUAUGGAAAAGAUAUGGCAUCACACCUUCUACAAUGAGCUCCGUGUCGCUCCCGAAGAACAGCCGGUGCUCCUGACCGAACCACCUCUCAACCCGAGAUCCAAUAGGGAGAAGAUGACGCAGAUCAUGUUCGAAACCUUCAACGUCCCCGCAUUGUACGUGGCCAUACAAGCCGUCCUCUCCCUUCAUGCCUCCGGUCGUGCUACAGGUAUCGUGUUGGACGUGUUGGACUCUGGCGAUGGAGUUAGCCACGCCGUCCCCAUCUAUGAAGGCUACGCACUGCCUCACGCAGUCCGCCGUGUCGACCUCGCCGGGCAUAACACGACGGAUUAUCUGAUGACACUCUUGAGAAGAGGAUAUUCACUCACUACUACGGCAGAACGUGAAAUUGUUCGCGUCCUGAAGGAGAAGCUCGCAUACGUGGCCCUCGACUACGACGAGGAGCUCAGAACUGCCCGCAGGAGCUCGGCAAUCGAGAAAAGCUACGAGUUGCCCGAUGGAAAGGUCGUGACCAUCGGAGAAGAGCUCUUUCAAUGCGCCGAAGUCCUGUUCCAGCCGUCGCUCAUCGGGAUGGACGAACCCGGGAUUCACAAGACCAUAUACGACUCGAUCCAGAAGUGUGACAUCGUCCUCAGGAGAAACCUGUACGGGAGCAUUGUGCUUAGCGGCGGAUCGACCAUGCUUCGUGGAAUGGCCGAACGCAUGCGUAAGGAGAUGGCCAAACUUAUCCCUCCGACAAUCAAAUUUAAGGUGGCGGAUCCUCCGGAAAGAAGGUUCAGCGCUUGGGCCGGAGAAUCCGUGCUUUGCUCCCUCGGCAGAAAUGAAAAGAUGUGGAUAACAAAGGCAGAGUACGACGAGUCUGGUGCGUCCAUCGUUCACAGAAAGUGCUUCUAG